AAGCCCCGCCCUGCCCUCCUGGCUCCACCUCCCCGGCUCGGGGUCCCGCUUCCCCACUGGUCAGCAGUGAACAGGCAUGACAACUGGUACCGGCAGGUUGCUGAUGACCUCAGGGAUCGCAGCGAUAAGGCGGAGGGAUAACCCGCACGGAGGCUGGCGCGCUGCAGAGCCGGCGCCCAACCCCAGGGCCGCCUCCGGACUCCAGGCUGAACGUCGGGGCCCCGCCCGGGCCCGUGCCGCCCAGGCCUUGACCAGCUGCGCUCGCCCCGCCCCCGGGAGCCGCGGGCGCAGAGGCCGCCCGCUCUCCCCACCUAGGCUGCCGGUCCCGGGGAGAGGCUUAGGCGUCCAGCGCAGCCUCCCAGCCUCCGGGGCUCGUCGGUGCCUUCCUCUGCAGCGGCAGCAGCCUGGCCUCCGCCGCGCGGCUGGGCGGUCCGGAGAGUAGAGGUGGGGGGUCCCGCGCCCUGCUCCCAACCGGGCUGCGCGGAGUGUCGGCAGCCCCGUGCCCUCGCCGAUGGCGCCCAGGGCCGAACCCCCCGACGGGGGCUGGGGGUGGAUGGUGGUGCUCUCCGCGUUCUUCCAGUCGGCGCUGGUGUUUGGGGUGCUCCGUUCCUUCGGCGUCUUCUUCGUGGAGCUGGUGGCAGCGUUUGAAGAGCAGGCGGCGCGGGUCUCCUGGGUCGCCUCCAUAGGGAUCGCCGUGCAGCAGUUCGGGAGUCCCGUGGGCAGUGCCCUGAGCACGAAGUACGGGCCCAGGCCCGUGGUGAUGGCGGGGGGCAUCUUGGCUGCGUCGGGGAUGCUGCUCGCCUCCCUUGCUACCUCCUUGACCCACCUGUACCUCAGUAUCGGGCUGCUCUCAGGCUCUGGCUGGGCCUUGACCUUCACUCCGACCCUGGCUUGCCUGUCCCGUUACUUCUCUCGACGGAGAUCCCUGGCCACAGGGCUGGCACUGACCGGCGUGGGCCUCUCUUCCUUUGCCUUUGCCCCACUUUUCCAGUGGCUGGUCAGCCGCUAUGCCUGGAGGGGGGCCCUACUGCUGGUGUCUGCCCUGUCCUUGCACCUGGUGGCCUGUGGUGCUCUCCUCCGCCCGCUCUCCCUGAGGGAGGACCCUAUUGUGGGCGGACCCGUGGCCCAGCUCACCUCCCUGCUGCAUCACGGCCCCUUCCUCCGUUAUACGGCUGCCAUCACGCUCAUCAACACUGGCUACUUCAUUCCCUAUGUGCACCUGCUGGCCCAUCUCCAGGACCUGGAUUGGGACCCACUGUCUGCUGCUUUCCUACUCUCAGUGGUGGCUGUCUCUGACCUCGUGGGACGUGUGUUUUCUGGGUGGCUAGGAGAUGCGGUCCCAGGACCCGUGGCACGAUUGCUGAUGCUCUGGACUGCCCUGACGGGGGUGUCCCUGGCCCUGUUCCCUGUGGCUCGUGCUCCCAUGGCCCUAAUGACUCUGGCCGUGGCCUACGGCUUCACGUCAGGGGCCCUGACCCCGGUGGCCUUCUCCGUGUUGCCUGAACUGGUAGGGACUGGAAGGAUAUACUGUGCCCUGGGACUGGUGCAGAUGGUCGAGAGCAUUGGGGGGCUGCUGGGGGCUCCUCUGUCAGGUUACCUCCGGGAUGUGACAGGCGACUACACAGUUUCUUUCGUGGUGGCCGGGGCCUUCCUUCUGGCAGGAAGUGGAAUCCUCGUCACUCUGCCUCACUUCUGCUCCCCGGCCUCUGCCUCCAAGCCCCAGGACCUUGUCACAGAGGCAGUGGACACCACAGUCUCUCGGACCAGGGAUGCGCUGGGAGAGGACUGAACUGCACAAAGGGGCUGUCAGACCGAGAAGCCAGAGCUCGGCAGCUCCAGAUUCUCCUCCUCUGGCCCAUCCUGGUGCUCACAGAACCACAGUGCCUUAAGCAUCUUGAUCCGCUCCCCCACAGGGCAGGCCUGGGCUGGGCGGUGAUCCUGCCUGGUGUGCACCAACCCCCUAGUAUUUUGCUGAGGACUCUCAUCUCUUCUUUGCUCCCACAACCUUUAUGGAAGGAUCCAGGAGCUCGGCCUUCUCCCCGGGGGCUGUGAAUCCGCUGUGACAACUAAAGGCCAAGAGACUUAA